AUGUUCCAUUAUUUCCUGAUAUUGCUUUUUCCAUUGGUCGUUGUUGGCCAAUGGGGAACACCACCACCAGUCGUUACCGAUCAGCAGUGUCAAGAGGAAUAUGACAAGAUAUUGGGAUGUAUAAGGACACCUCUUUUCACUAAAUUCGACGAUAUUCCCUUACGGGACCUGAAUAAAACUCAGGAACUUGUCAACGAAAUUACACAUGUCUUGGACUGCUCCGGAUUUUUAAAUUGUAACAGCUCCAGAAUUCUUCAAUCCGUCUUUUUCAAUCAACGCUGGAUUUCUGAUCAUUUUCAUGCCACGUUGCCUGAAUGCCUAACAAGAGAAGCUGAAUGGAGCCUAUUUAACCAAUGCGGUGCUUUGGAAGAUGAUUUUAACUGCAAUCGAUUCAACAAAUCCAACUUGAAAUGCCACACCACUGAACUGAAAAAACAACCGAAUUGCACUUGGGAACAUGUGAAACCAUAUGUCAGAUACUACUGGGCGGCUCGUUCUACUUGUGUGAUGGCUCAUCAAUGGGAAUUAGAGAUGGAUCGUCAUCAUAUCAAAGUGAAACGGAUUGGCGACCUUUUCAAUCCAUUGGCGUUCGAUUAA